UUCUACGAAGGCAUGUCGCACCAAACUGGCAUUAAGGCAAACGCCGAGCUGUUGAAGUUUUUUGGCAAAUGCAAGGAUGGAAAGACCAGAGUGCUUAAAGUUUCUAUCGAGAAUGAGGAACUACGGCUGGUGAGUCACAGUGAUGUGAAGCGCGACUGGGAAAAGGACUACGAUACGUUGGUAAGACCACUGAUAGAAGAAAGUACGCCAUGUUACAUCCUCUAUAGAUUGGACUACAAAAUUCCAACCGGGUAUGCAUGGCUCCUGAUGAGCUGGGUGCCGGAAUCGGCCACGGUGCGGCAGAAGAUGCUUUACGCUUCGACCAAAGCAACACUGAAGCUCGAGUUCGGUUCGAGUCACAUCAAGGAAGAGCUCAACGCAACAUCCAAGGAAGAAACGACGCUACAGGGCUAUCAUAAGCAUAGGGUUGACUUCAGCUCGCCAGCACCGCUGACCAGUCGUGAGGAAGAGCUGGCUGAACUGCGCAAAACAGAAGUUAAAACAGAUUUCGGUAUAGACACCAAGCAACAAACGCUCGGUGGUAUCAACUGCCCAAUAUCGGAUGCGGUCGCACAAGCGCUACAUGAUAUGCGCCGUGGGGGCUACAACUAUCUCCAGUUUCGUAUCGAUCUCGAGGAGGAAAAGAUACACUUGGUCAAGGCGGACAAUAUCGAUCUGACUGGGCUACCGUUGCAAAUUCCGACCGAUCAUGCACGUUACCAUCUGUACAUUUUCAAACACCAUCACGAGGGAAACUAUCUGGAAAGUGUUGUGUUCGUCUAUUCGAUGCCAGGCUAUAGCUGUUCCAUCCGGGAGCGCAUGAUGUAUUCAAGCUGCAAGGGGCCAUUUUCUGCAACGAUCGAAAAGCAUGGCAUCCAGGUAGCGAAGAAACUGGAAAUUGACAAUGGUGCAGAACUGACCGAAGAGUUUCUGCAUGAGGAGCUUCAUCCGCGCAAGCUUAACCUUCGGCCACAGUUUUCAAAGCCGAAGGGCCCACCUAGCCGCGGAGCUAAAAGACUGACGAAACCACAGGCUGUCGAGUAAAAAAGGG